CGCGUGCAUUACCCACUCACUCUACAAACCGGUUACGACUUGUGUACCUUCUUACCAUGGCUUCCCUCGAGGACUACGAUGAGUUCGGAAACUACAUCGGUGCGGACCUGGGCUCCGAUGAUGACGAGGAGGAGAUGCUGCAGUCGGAGUACCAGCAGCCGGUACAGGAGCAAACUACUCUCGAAGGAUACGACGAUGAGCCUGCCCCGGCACAGGAUGGCGCGUUAAUGGAAGUUGACGAACCUAUCUCUAAUGCUAUUGUUUUGCAUGAGGACAAGCAAUACUAUCCUUCAGCAGAGGAUGUUUAUGGCCCAGGUGUAGAGACGCUCGUCCAGGAGGAAGACGCGCAGCCUCUAAGCGAGCCUAUUGUUGCACCCAUCAAAGUGCGAAAAUGGACGAUAGAGGAGAAGGACAUGCCGCAAACGCGAUUCGACAAGGGGUUCCUGCUGAACAUGAUGUCCUUCCCUGAAAUGAUUCGCAACGUUGCCGUCGUCGGCCACCUGCACCAUGGCAAAACGGCUUUGAUGGAUAUGCUUGUGUUUGAAACCCACAAGCUAAUUUGGGAUGCGGACAAGCCGACACGCUACACGGAUACCCAUGUAUUAUCGCGCCAACGCGAAAUCUCGAUUAAGUCGUCGGCCAUGUCAUUCAUUCUUUCCACUACGGCCGGGAAGUCACACUUGGUCCAUAUGAUAGACACGCCUGGUCAUGUCAACUUUGUGGAUGAAGUCGCGUCGUCAAUGCGGCUAGUUGAUGGUGUCGUGCUUGUUGUCGACGUCGUCGAAGGAAUGAUGGUGAACACCGAGGCCAUCAUCCGACACGCUCUACAAGAGAACAUCAAAAUAACCCUCGUAGUGAACAAAAUUGACCGACUCAUCCUUGAACUUCGCAUACCACCUGCUGAUGCGUUCUACAAAAUUAAACACACCAUAGAAGAGAUCAAUACCUUCAUCAGCAAUAUCAACCCUGACCCGGAUUUACGACUUAGCCCAGAAAGUGGGAAUGUUGCGUUUGCAAGUACAGACAUGGGCUGGUGCUUUACCCUGCGCUCUUUUGCCCAGAUGUACGCGGAUACAUACGGGUCUCUUGACGUGCUCCAGUUUGCCAAUCGUCUAUGGGGAGACAUCUACUUCAACACGGAGACACGCAAGUUCACCCGCAAGCCUGUGGACGCUGACCAGCCUCGUACCUUCGUUCAUUUCGUCCUGAGCCCUCUUUACAAGCUAUACAGCCAUGUUCUGAGUGAGGAAACAGAUGAUCUCAAAGAGACGUUGGCAGAGCUGAACAUCACUCUGAAGCCGGUGAUGUAUAAGAUGGAUGUCCGCCCCCUUCUCAAGGCCGUUUUGGAUCAGUUCUUCGGUCCUGCAACCGGUCUGGCCGACAUGAUUGUAGAGCACAUUCCCUCGCCAGUGGAUGGUGCACCUGCCAAGGUUGAAGGAACGUACACCGGUCCUCUGACUUCGGACGUCGUUGCGCCAAUGAAGACAUGCGAUCCCCAAGGACCUGUCAUGGUGCAGAUCACUAAACUUUAUCACACAACCGAUGCUCAAUCCUUCAGAGCCUUUGGUCGUGUGAUGAGUGGUACGCUGAGGAAGGACUCAGUUGUCAAGGUUCUUGGAGAGGGUUACUCGCCUGAAGAUGAGGAGGAUAUGUUGAAAACAACCGUCGAGGAGAUGUGGAUCAGCGAAGCCCGUUACUUCAUACCCACUGAUGAAGUCCCUGCGGGAAACCUUGUCCUCAUCGGUGGUGUUGACGCGUCCAUCACUAAGACUGCCACUAUUGCUUCUGCAGACAUCGACGAGGACCUUUAUAUUUUCCGCCCGAUCAAGCAUAUGACUGAGUCUGUGCUCAAGAUUGCCAUCGAGCCCAUCGCCCCCUCCGAACUUCCUAAGAUGCUUUCUGGUCUGCGUAGUAUCAACAAGUCGUAUCCGCUCGCAGCUACAAAAGUAGAGGAGAGCGGCGAACAUGUUUUAAUUGGGCCCGGCGAACUUUACCUUGACUGUGUCAUGCACGAUUUGCGAAAGCUCUUUUCGGAGAUUGAGAUCAAAGUCUCGGAUCCUGUCACCAAGUUCUGUGAGACGGUGCUGGAGACUAGUGCGCUCAAGUGCUAUGCGGAUACACCAAAUAAAAAGAACCGACUUACCAUGAUUGCUGAACCACUGGAGCGGGGUAUUGCCGAGGAUCUGGAGCGGGGACGAGUUACGAUGCAGAUGACGCCGAAGGAGAGAGGGACAUUCUUCCAAGAGAAGUACCAGUGGGAUCUCCUGGCUUCACGUUCAAUAUGGGCGUUCGGUCCUGAUGAAGGUGGCCCAAAUAUUCUCCUGGACGAUACCCUGCCGUCACAGGUAGACAAAAAGGUGCUUGGUACCGUUAAGCAGCACAUCACUCAGGGCUUCCAGUGGGGUGCUCGCGAAGGUCCGCUGUGCGAUGAACCUAUGCGUAAUGUCAAGUUCCGGAUACUCGACGCUAGCCUUGCACAAGAGCCAAUUUUCCGUGGCGGAGGUCAGAUAGUGCCCACUGCUAGACGAGUCUGUUACUCGUCGUUCCUCAUGGCUACGCCGAGAUUGAUGGAGCCCAUUUACUACGUGGAGGUGCAGGCACCAGCGGAUUGUAUAUCCGCUGUCUACACUGUCCUCGCAAGACGACGUGGACAUGUUACACAGGACAUACCGAAAGCGGGUUCCCCACUUUACACAGUCAAGGCAUUGAUCCCGGUUAUUGACGCGAAUGGGUUCGAGACGGACUUGCGGACCGCCACGCAAGGACAAGCUUUCUGCUUACAGACAUUUGAUCAUUGGUCGGUUGUGCCUGGUGACCCUACUGACACGAGCAUCAAGCUGCGGCCACUGGAGCCCGCGUCUGGUCAGGCUCUUGCUCGUGACCUUGUCUUAAAGACGCGUCGGCGCAAGGGCCUGGGCGACCAAAUUGCGGUGUCGAAAUAUCUGGACGAUGAGUUUGUGCUCGCACUGUCUGCGUCGGGGCACGCUGAUUUGCUAGGGUAGAUAGGUAGUGUAGUGUGUAAGUCUUUGAGAAUGUCUGCUUAUAGAUAAUAUAAUAAUUUCGAUCGCA